GAGUGUCUCGAGCGCAGCGCGGGCUGCUAUGGAUGCGCUGCCUCGGCUCGCGCUCCUUCUUGUCGCGCGGCUCCUUCUCCACGCCAAUGGCCUUUACAUCUCCACUAGUGUAGACUCUCUGAGGGAGGUCGUGAAGGAGUACCACCUGGUGACGCCGGUGAGCACGGAUGCCGAAGGGCGCUUCCUGUCGCACGGCGUGUCAGCUGACUGGACUCCUGGACCACAGCACGUGCGGUCCAGGAGGGAGGCAGCUGAGCGGGCAGACCAUGCAGACCGUGCAGACCGUGCAGACCACGCCGCCCGGCUCAGGGAUGUGGCCUUCUACAACGUCACCGUCUUCGGCCGGGAGUUGCACCUGCGUCUGCGGUUGAACUCUCGCCUCGUGGCCCCUGGGGCCAGGGUGGAGUGGUGGGAGGAGAACAGCACACGCUCUGAGCCGUUGCUCGCAGACUGCCUCUACGUAGGUGAUGUCACCGACAUGCAGGGAACAUCUGUUGCCAUCAGCAACUGCGAUGGCCUGGCUGGGGUGAUCCGGACCGAGCAGGAGGAAUUCUUCAUCGAGCCCCUCGAGAAAGGAGGUCACGUGACCAGGGAAGAGGAGAGACGGAAGGGCCGGACACAUGUCGUGUACCGCUCUUCAGACGUCAAGAAGCCCCCGGUCGAUCACACGGCCGACUUUAUCUUGCAAGAGCUUGGUGGGUUGAAGGGCCUGGAGACACUACACGGCGCGGUGGAGCAACGUGGCAAUGGAGCCACCCGAGUCCGCCGACAAGCAGCAGACCACGUCUACAAUAUAGAGGUCCUGCUGGGGGUGGACUACUCCGUGGCCCAGUUCCACGGAAAGGAGCAUGUGCAGAAAUACCUGCUCACCCUCAUGAACAUAGUGAAUGAGAUUUACCACGACAACUCCUUGGGAGCUCCAAUCAACGUGGUCUUGGUGAGGAUGAUCGUACUUUCUUACGAGAAGUCCAUGAGCCUCAUCGAACGUGGGAACCCCGCUCAGAGCCUGGAGAACGUGUGUCGCUGGGCCUUCCUGCAGCAGAAGGAGGACGAGGGCGACGCCGAGUACCACGACCACGCCAUCUUUCUCACGCGUCAGGAGUUUGGGCCCAGCGGCAUGCAGGGUUAUGCCCCGGUGACCGGCAUGUGUCACCCCGUGCGGAGCUGCACGCUUAACCACGAGGACGGUUUCUCCUCCGCGUUUGUGGUCGCGCACGAGACCGGACACGUACUUGGCAUGGAGCACGACGGCCAGGGCAACGUGUGCGGGGACGAGGUGCCCAUGGGCAGCAUCAUGGCCCCGCUGGUACAAGCUGCGUUCCACCGUUUCCACUGGUCCCGCUGCAGCCAGCAGGAGCUCGGCCGAUACCUCCACUCCUACGACUGCCUGGGCGACGACCCCUUCGACCACGCCUGGCCCUCGCUGCCGCAGCUGCCCGGGAUACACUACUCCAUGAACGAGCAGUGCCGCUUCGACUUUGGCUUUGGCUACAUGAUGUGCACCGCGUACAGCACCCUCGACCCCUGCCAGCAGCUGUGGUGCAGUCACCCUGACAACCCAUUCUUCUGCAAGACCAAGAAGGGCCCACCGCUGGAUGGAACCGUCUGCGCGCCUGGCAAGCACUGCUUCAAGGGCCACUGCGUGUGGCUGACACCAGAGAUCCUGAAGCAGGACGGGAACUGGGGCGCAUGGAGCAAGUUCGGGGAGUGUUCCCGUACCUGCGGCAGCGGGGUGCAGUUCCGCACUCGCCAGUGCGACAACCCGGCCCCCACGAACGGCGGGCGCACCUGCUACGGCAAAAACUACGAGUUCCAGCUGUGCAACUCCGAGGAAUGCGGGAGACCCUCGGCGGACUUCAGGGAGGAGCAGUGCCGCAUGUGGGACCCCUACUUUGAGUACCAGAACUCCCACCAUCACUGGCUGCCCUAUGAGCACCCAGAGGCCAGCGAACGAUGUCACCUGUACUGUCAGUCCAAGGAGACCAGAGAUGUGGUCUACAUGAAGAGGAUGGUCCACGACGGGACGCGCUGCUCUUACAGGGACCCCUACAGCAUCUGCGUGCGAGGAGAUUGUGCUAAAGUUGGCUGUGACAGCGUGAUUGGCUCGAACCUCGUGGAGGACAACUGCGGCGUCUGUGGUGGGGACAACUCAACCUGUGAGGUCAUUAAGGGCAACAUCACCCGCAGCGUGAAGAAACAAGGUUUUGUGGAGAUUUUGGAGGUUCCCUCGGGAGCUCGGCACCUGCACAUCGAGGAGUUCAAGGGAACACCCCAUAUUCUGGCGCUGAAGAACCUGGAAACGGGGCAGUUUUUCUUGAACGAUGAGGACGAGUUCCCCGAGUCGCGGUCCGUCAUCGAGAAGGGUGUGGAGUGGGAAUACCACAAUGACGACGACAAGGAGACGGUUCUGACCAGUGGGCCUCUCAGCCACGCGGUCUUAAUUAUGAUACGAACGAUCGGCGACUCGAAGGUCACUCUGUCGUACAAGUACUUUGUCGCCGAGGAGCCGGAGCCCUCCAUUGAGAACGAUGUGCUGGCAGAGGACUCGCUGCACUUCGAGUGGGCGCUGAAGAAGUGGUCGCACUGCUCCAAACCCUGCGGGGGAGGUAAGCAGUACACACGGUACGGGUGCAGGAGGAAGGCUGAUAACAAGCUAGUGGAGCGUCUCUACUGCGAGAACAUCCGGAAGCCCCAAGCCAUCAGCAGAAGCUGCAACCUGAUGGAGUGUUCCGAGCCCAUCUGGGUGACUGGAGACUGGGAGGCGUGCAGUUCUUCCUGCGGGAAGUCGGGGUUCCAGCUGCGCUCCGUGCGCUGCAUCCAGCCCCUGUCUGACGGCACAAGCCGCUCCAUUCACAGCAAGUACUGCGACCAGGAGCGACCUGAAGCGCGCCGGCCGUGCAACCGGCACCUCUGUCCCCCGCAGUGGACGGUUGGCAUCUGGUCCCAGUGCUCCGUGAGCUGUGGCAAUGGGACGCAGGAGCGGGAGGUGCGGUGCGACGCUCAUGAGAACACCGUCAGCCUCUGCCCGGGGAGCAGGCCAGGAAACAUCAGGGCGUGUCAGCAGCCGCCCUGUCCAAAGAGUCCGGCUGACCUCAACAACAAAGGCAACCUCCUGGUGCACUUUCUGUCCAGGCCUGAUCUCGAUUUCCCCGUCCCGAAGACGUCAAAUCAGCGCUGUCAACACGACAAGUCCGUUUUCUGUCGCAUGGAGGUGCUGAGCAGAUACUGCUCCCUUGCGGGCUACAAGCGGAUGUGCUGCAAGAGCUGCGCGGAAGGCGACCGCGUCGCCGGUGGCGCGCCCACCGGCUCCACCGCGACAACCCCGAACCCGAGCCCGACCCCUACCGUCCCCGCCCCUCCGACUCCAAACGGGCAAACCUCGGUCCCCGGCACGGUCAGCGUAGGUUACGUGACAUCCCCCACCGAAGGCCCCGAGCAAGACACCGCCACAGUCCUCAGCUACGCAACCGCGACGGGUUCUUCGCAGCCCGUCUCCGACGCGACUCGCGGACACCCCGACGCUCUCGGCCCGACCCCCCUCUCAAGGAGCGGCACCGUUCCUGGGACGGCCCGCAUCACCGAAGGCGCGUUCGGCCCCGCCGCCACAACGUCUCCCGAAGAGCCGCCGGGUCUCAGCCCCAGUCCCUCAGGUGCACUCGGUGCGGAUGGGCUCCGGCCCCAGCUCACCGUGCCCCCACCCACAGCGAGGAGCGAAAGAGAUGCUGGAGAACCCGCGGGAGAAACCAACUCCAUCGAUGUGCCGCACUGGACGCUAAGCGUGGACAGAAACUUCUCCCAGAACUACCUCAGCAGGAGAAGGACUCAGAACUCAUUUGUUCAGAAGAUCUUAGCGGAAAAAAGGAGGCAAAGCGCCCUCCUCAGAAGAAGAAAGAUAAAGGCAGGCAUCUGAGGUGCAUUUUCUCUUAUAGAGAUGGAUCUUCUUAGACUGUCGUCGCUUUACCACGUACGGUUUGCUCAGUGGCGCCGUGCCAAACACUGGAAACAAGGUAUGGAACGUGUUCCUUCUCGCUAGUGUUGUGACG